GCGGCUGUAGUCGAGGGGGGCGGCCGGAAAGCAGCUGAGCAGUCGGAUAGACUUUCACUGCCUUCAUCUUUUGGUUCCAUCCUAGAGCUCCGAGCUGAAGAAGUGUUCACCUCUUACUCCGCUCCACACCCAGAGCGACGCACCCUCUCGGCCUAUUACUGCAGCUGGAGACCGCUUGAGGGACACGUCUGGGAUGGAGAGUCCGAGCCUGGGGGACUGCGGAGCUGCCCCCUCGGUCAUCGCCAACCAGCGCCUAGUCCCCGACCGGCCGUGUGACCUCCGGCAAGUUAUUGUCCCCUUCGGACCUCAGUUUCACCACCUGUAAAAUGGGAGCGGGGGAGUAGAAGGGAGGAAGGUGUUGCUUUGGGAUCAGAAAGAGUGGGAGAAGAUGAGAAACAAAUGGUGAUAAAAAGCAGCAGUGAGUGUAAUCCCCCGCUACAAGAACCCAUUGCUUCUGCUCAAUUUGGUGGUAGCGCAAUGGCAGAGUGCCAUAAGUCUGUACCAUGUGGAUGGGAAAGAGUUGUGAAGCAAAGGUUAUCUGGGAAAACAGCAGGAAGAUAUGACGUAUAUUUCAUCAGCCCACAGGGACUGAAGUUCCGAUCCAAAAGUUCACUUGCUAAUUAUCUUUACAAAAGUGGAGAGACUUCUCUUAAGCCGGAAGAUUUUGAUUUUACUGUACUUCAUAAAAGGAGCAUCAAGUCAGGAUGUAAAGACCAAAGCAUGGCAGCUCUGCCAUCCCAGCUGCAAAACGAAAGUAGCAAUUCAAACCGGAGCCUCAGGACACGAAGCAGGUGGAAAAAAGAUGUGGUUUCUUUGCCAAGUGCUAGUUUGGAAUUGCAAGACAGCAGAGGACUCUCUAACUUUACUUCCAUUCGUUGGCUUUUGAAAGAAGAUGAUGGUGUUAAUGAUGCUGCCUCCAGAAAGGUUAGAAAGUCCAAAAGAAAGGUGACUGUUUUGAAAGCGAUUCAAAUUAAGAAAACUAAAACAGGGUGCCGGAGGAGUCUUCCAGAUCCUGUUCAAAGUAGUAGAAAAAGAGCAUCUGUGUAUAAUAAGGCAGCAGAUGCUGAAAGUGAGCCUCUUGCACAAGAAAAUCAGCUUGAGAGAACUUGCUGCGUCUCUGAUGCCAGAGCGAGCGACAAGACCCUCACUGUGACCAGUGAAGAGGAGAGGCUUGGUAAAGAAAAAUCAUUGUGUUCAGGGUCAGAUUUUGAACAGACCACUUCUGGCAUCAUAAACAAAUUACGUUCAACCGAAGGAGCAGGACACAACAAGAAGUGUGAGGGUACCUUUUUAGAAUCUGAGGAAAUAAGAACCGAAGUAGAAGUUGGGGAAAGGAAGGAGCAUUUGCAUAUUGACAUUUCAAAAGGUGGCUCUGAAAUGGACAACAGCUCACAAACGGAGAAAGACUCUACUUCUGCGAAAAUAUUCCAAGAAGACGCCAUCCCACAGACACAAAUAGAAAAAAGGAAAACAAGCCUGUAUUUUUCCAGCAAAUAUAACAAAGAAGUUCUUAGUCCCCCACGACGUAAGGCCUUUAAGAAGUGGACACCUCCUCGGUCACCUUUUAAUCUUAUCCAAGAAACACUUUUCCAUGAUCCGUGGAAGCUCCUCAUUGCGACUAUAUUCCUCAACCGGACCUCAGGCAAAAUGGCAAUCCCUGUGCUUUGGCAGUUUCUGGAGAAGUAUCCUUCAGCUGAGGUAGCGAGAACUGCAAACUGGAGAGAUGUUUCAGAACUUCUUAAACCUCUUGGUCUCUACGAUCUUCGAGCAAAAACCAUUAUCAAGUUCUCAGAUGAAUAUCUGACAAAGCAGUGGAGGUAUCCAAUUGAGCUUCAUGGGAUUGGCAAAUAUGGCAACGACUCUUACCGAAUUUUUUGUGUCAAUGAGUGGAAGCAGGUACACCCUGAAGACCACAAGUUAAAUAAAUAUCAUGACUGGCUUUGGGAAAAUCACGAAAAAUUAAGUCUAUCUUAAAACUCUUUGACGUUUUCAAGCUUGUUUUUAUGCAUCGCUUUGCACUUCGAUUCUUAAAAGCUCUACUAAGCACAACCGCCUUCCCAGGUGUAUAGAUUCUAAUCAGCCCAACUAGAAACCUAAUGUGUGUCUUCGUAACGUGUGUACCACCGGAAGAUCUUUGCUACUGAAUGUGCUACGACAUGUUCUGAGAUUUUUUUAAAAAAUAAAUUGUUAUUUGACAACAAUCCUGAAAAUGUAUAUGACUUUUCCAAUAAUGAAAUGUGAUUUGAAGUUUAAAAAAACUUUCCUCAGUUAUUAAUAAUAUGAAGCAAAUUUCUAUCAACCUUGCCUGAGGGAAGAUUAGACCUCCUGUUGUCCUUCUAUAGAAAAUGAUAUCACACAAUUGUUAUAUGAAGAAGCAAAGAGUUUUCAGCCACACAUGUCAGAAAAGAUAUGAUAGGGUAAA